AAGAUCGCGGUUCAGACAUGAUGGGAUAGGCUACAUUACCAUAAAGCCUCAGGCGAAUUAUGACGGUACGCAUGAGAUGUACAAUUCCUGCAUGAUCUUGCAUGUCCGUUACCAUACAUGUUCACUGCACGUACCCCAAAGGUGGUGCCUGCGUUCGGCGAACCUUCUGUAUACUGCCGCUGUAUCCAGGCACGCAACACAUAUCCAUCGCGCAGCGUACUAUUCACACCUGGCAAACCCUGCCGAGAAUGCUGCAUUAUUGAUGGUGUC